UCCCGCGCAAAAACGUUAAGAGUUUAACGACAUUGACUAUUUAAUUUUUUUCAAUAAUAGAUAACAUUUUAGCGUCUGAAUGUUUGCUAUUAAAAAGGUAUGGGGACAAUAGAGAUCAUAUUUCCAUUUGGUGGACAACCAGGAAAAAUAUUGAAAUGGAGAGUUCGAAUGGAUACGAUGGUUGCAGCGGGUAGAGUGUUGUUUUUAUACCAAAAUGUUACUUCAGGAACAGAAGAGAGCAAAGGUCCAGAGAAAAAAUAUCGAGCUACACGAUUUGGCCGUGUUAUAAAGUUUUUGGCAAAAGAAGGAGAUGUUGUUCAACCUGGGCAAGUAAUAAUGACAUUAGAGGGAUGUAAACAUCCUACUGUAAUGAAAGAUUUAUGUGCUGAAUGUGGUGUAGAUUUAAGAGUUGAAGGAAUAGGUAAAGAAAAUGAAAGUACAAAAAUUUCACAAGCUAGUGUACCAAUGGUACAUAGUGUACCAGAAUUAAAAGUGUGCCCAGAAUUGGCUGAAAAAAUUGGAAAAGAAGAUGAACAACGUCUUUUAAGUGAUCGCAAGUUAGCAUUACUUGUGGAUCUUGAUCAAACAAUUGUUCAUACAACAAAUGAUAAUGUUCCUCCUAAUAUGAAGGAUGUUUAUCAUUAUCAACUUUAUGGACCAAAUUCUCCAUGGUAUCAUACCCGUUUAAGGCCUAAUACAAGACACUUUCUUUUUGAAAUGAGUCGUUUAUAUGAACUGCAUAUAUGUACAUUUGGAGCAAGAAACUAUGCACACACUGUAGCAGCAUUAUUGGAUAAAGAUGGAAUUUUAUUUUCUCAUAGAAUACUUUCAAGAGACGAAUGUUUUGAUCCUGCAUCAAAAACAGCUAAUCUCAAGGCUUUGUUUCCUUGUGGAGAUGAUCUAGUAUGCAUUAUAGACGACAGAGAAGACGUAUGGCAAGGAUGCGGGAAUUUAGUUCAAGUUAAACCUUAUCACUUUUUUCGUCAUACCGGUGAUAUACAUGCACCACCAGGACUAGAGAAAAGUGAUGUAUCAGUUUUACCUGAAUUACAAAAUACAAAUGAGCUUUGUAAUGAUAAUAAUCCAAAUGAAUCAGAUAAAAAUGGUGCAUCUGAAUUACCAAAUGAAGAAAGUAUAAUUGAUAAUAAUUCUAAAAAUGAAAUUCAAAAAGCAAUUGAAAAUAAAGAAAAUGAAUGUGAAUCUGCUGAAACAAAUGAUGAAAAUAGCAAAGAUGACACCAAGAAUAACAUUGAUAUAAAUCCUAAUCUUAAUAGUGAAAAUAAUAAAAUAUUGGAGGAAACAAAAGAAAAUUUAACUCCAAGUGAAUCAGUACAAGAUAUAAAAAGUGGAGAUAAAAGUUCUGAUGAGAAUAAUGUUAUAGAUGAAGAUGAUGACGAUUAUUUAUUAUAUUUAGAGGAUAUUCUUCGGAGAAUUCAUACAGAAUUUUAUGCUACUAUAGAAAAAGAAACAGGACGCAAGUCGUUAAGAGACAUUAUUCCACGAGUACGAGCUCAAGUGUUGAAAGGAGUACAUUUAACUUUUAGUGGACUAAUACCUACUCAUCAAAAACUUCAUCAAAGUCGAGCAUAUAAAGUUGCUAGAGCAUUUGGAGCAGAAGUAGCACAAGAUUUGUCAGAUAAAACUACUCACUUAGUUGCUAUUAGACCUGGCACAGCUAAAGCUAAUGCAGCAAAGAAAAACUUAAAUAUACAAAUUGUAAAUCCAGAUUGGCUUUGGACUUGUGCAGAACGUUGGGAACAUGUUGAUGAACGUUUAUUUCCACUUACUGCAAAGGCUCGUGCUUCUAGAAUACCACCUCCACAUUGUAGUAGUCCAGAACGUAUAGAAGAGCAAGAGAAAAGUAUGCAAGACAAUUUUGCUGAUAGUAUUAAUCCGUUAAUGUCAUUUACGCCAGAAGAAAUAGAAAUUAUGGAUAAAGAAGUUGAAGAAGAUAUGGAUGACCAAGAAUUCGAUGCACCUAUCUUUGAUACAGAAGGCAUAGAUGAUAGAGAAGAAUGUGAUAAAAAAUCUCAUUAUAGAGAUUCCGAUUCUGAUGAUUCCACACAAUAUGUAAGUAAUAUAAAUGAACCAAGAAGAAAGAAGAAGAAGUUUGCUAACGACAGUUCGGAAGAUGAUAGUUCGUCAAGUGGAAAGGAUGACACUAUAGAUGAUGACGACGAUGAUGAUCCUAUAACACGUUUUAGAAGAGGAGAAAAUUUACCUGAUGAUUUAGAUUUAGGUGAUAAUUCACAAGAUUCAAUUGAAGAUCUUGAAAUAAUGGAUAAUGAAGAUGAUCGAGAAUGGAAUGAAAUGGGAGCUGCGCUCGAAAGAGAAUUUCUUUCUGAAUGA